AUUUCGAGCCGUGAAAUAACUCUAGGACAAUGAAAUUUCAUAUAUCACCGAGAGCAUAUGCCAAGGUCCUCUUACAUACCUCGAAAUACCCACACAAGGCCGUGAAUGGAGUCCUGUUAGGAGACGAAACCCUUCAAGAUGGUGAAGUGUAUGUUUUAGAUGCCGUUCCUUUGUUUCAUAUUUGCCUUGGUUUGGCUCCGAUGUUAGAAGUUGCCUUAGCAAGGGUAAGAUAAACGUCCAUUUAAGGAUUCUUGCUAAUGUUUAGCGAGGUCCGCUGAUGCGGAAGUUGACUUUUAGGCAGUUCAACAGACUGAUACUUUUAAAAGCUUUAAAUUAAAGCUUAAGUAAAAGCUAGCUCCGUAGUUUAAUCUGAACUCGACCUCGGACUGGUAAACUAAGGAGACUCUCUUUAUUGUUCUAGAAAAGAGACAGAACAGAGAGGUCAGGUUCACUUUGAAAUCAUUCUUUUCCUCGAUUUUACCGGAUCCCAGGACACGACCCUGUCUGCUUUUCUUUCCACCAUGUACUAAGCACAUUUUUAUUUUCUGCUUGUGCUCACACAAUGGUUUUUAGUAGAGGGUCUAGAUGGACGUACUUCAUUAACACCUAGCUCUUAUGUGUUUGGCUCUGUUACGCUUAUUUCAGGCACUUGAAUGAUAAAAUUUGGGGGAAUCAUUAUGCAGCUGUUUUAACACUCAACACCGUAAAAUGGGUAAAUGACUGUAAUUUUCAGGUUGUACAGCAGACCCAGUCCUGCUCCCCAUACAACAACCUUAUUUAUAUGACCAGACUGUCCAAACUUUUGGCUAUGUAAAAUCGGGAUAUUUUUAUAACCAAGGUAUCAGGCGAAUGCCGAAGGGGAAAGCCCACUAUUGGUAGAUCUGGGGGCAUGCUCCCCCAGAAAAAUUUGAAAUUUUGAUCCUCUGAAAUGCCAUUACUACUACCAUUGUUUUCAGAGGACAAUUUUUGACUAAAAUGUUCGCUAAAUUGAUUGUCAUUUUUAUGCUUAUUUAUAUUUGCAUGGCAAACUUGACUCAAUUUUAUUAUAUAUUUUGUAUCGUUUUUAAAGUUUUCUACAUAUCAGUUUCAGUUAAGUAUAAUCUGUUAAUGUGUUGAUGUGUUCUUGUAUAAAUGUCAUAAAUGUCAUAAGAAUUCAUUGGAAAAAUCAAAACAGUCAAAAUCAGGAUUUUCCCUGUCCCAAUUGUAUGUCGGUCAGGAUUGAUGAUUUUCAAGCAAAAUAAGAAGAAUCCAGACGAAACUGGGAUGGUUGGACAGUCUGUAUGAUUAUUCACACCAUUAUGAGCACAUUAUUUUGGCCAAGCCUAAAAGCACUGAGUCAUAUUCUUUUCUCGGAAACCAUUUAAUAUGACCACAUAAUUACAAGGAACCACCUUAAAGUAAACCGUACAAAAAUUUAGAUGUCUAGCCAAUGAAAGUUUGAAUGAAUAGAGCAAAAAUAUUGAAAGGUUCCAUGUAAACAAAGUGGUUGGUCAAAUUUUUCAGCCAGUUCAGAAUUCAUCCAGUCCGGUGUGAACAAAGCUUUCGACCCUGGAUCUUGUGACCCAGUUUUUUUGGUUCAUUUGAAAAAAAUAUCUUGCGCUCACUUCCACUGCUCUAAUUCAUGGUAAACCAUUGAUUUCUUUUCUUAGGUUGAUAUCUACUGUAAAGAAAGUGGCUUACAGAUUGUUGGCUACUACCAAGCUAAUGAGCACAUUAAUGACAGUAGGUAUGGUAAAAGUAUUAUUUUGAUAUCAUAUUUACGUGCCAUGUAUCUUUGCAUUACAGUGAAAUCAAGAUCUUUCAAACCUCUGAUACUGACUUUUUUCUCAACAUUUUGUUCAUUUUGAUGAUUAUAUUCUCAUUGUAUUCUUAAAAAAAAAAUGUUCAUCAUUGAUUUAUGCCCGAAUCUUCAUUACUUCUACAGUCCCAAUUUAAUCUGUUACAAAAUUGCUGAGAAAAUAUGUGACCAGUUUAACAAUGCAUUCAUUCUAAUGGUAAGUCAGUUUUUUUUCAAUAUUUUCUAUAGUGUAAUGCUUUUAGGUUGCAAUGGUAGUUAUUAUACAUGUAAAUAUCAUAGUUAUUGUUUGUUUGAAUGUUUGAUUAGUAUUGAUUUCUUAACCAAAAUAUAAACAAAAUAGUUAACUUUUUAUGUCUUAUUUGAGAAGUUCUAGAAAGAAUUUGUUAUCUAUUUUAACAGGUUGAUAAUACUAAGCUGUCAGUACCAUGUGAAGAAAUAGCUUGUAAGGUAUUGAUAGUAGUGUUAGUUAAAGAAUCAUUGCUAUUUAAUUUGUCUUGGGCACUCCCCCAUAUUGACUUACUGAUUAUUUCUUGUGUAUUGUACCCUAGCCUGCAAAUGCAGACGUAUCUCUGGUCGUCAUCUCUCUCCUACUUUUUGGGUGGAGUGAAGAUAUGACCAUAAAUUGGUCUGUAUUCGCAGGCUAAUAAUUUGAACCCACACAUAAUGAACAACCUCUCUUACUAACUAACUCACAACAUUUUGGGUUGAUUACCCUUUUACAACCAGCUUAAAACCCAGUUUAAGCAAUUGAAAGUAAGUAGAGUCUACUUACAUGUACAUGAUAGCAAACAUUUAAUUGUGAUGAUUUUUGUGACGUAUUAUUUUUGACAAUUUACUUAUGGUUUUGCUUAAGUAAUCAUAUUCAAUAGCUUCCUCUGUCUUUGAACCAAAAAUGGUUGAAUUAUUGUUCAACCAGCAAUUGAAAACCUAUAAAAAUGCUUGGUGUUGCACUGUUUGAUUCCAAUAAGCAACUGUUUUAAAUUUAAUUCUUCAUAAAUGGACUCAAGUACAGCUGUAGCACGCAGCUGUCAGGUAGAUAACAGGUACUGUAAAAUUAUUUCAACAUGGUUUUGUCUUUCAUCUUUAGUGCUAUGUAGUCCAAGAUAAUAAGUGGAAACAGAGUGAUAAAGAUUUGUAAGUACCAGUUAAGAUGAAAACUACUUGCGUAAAUUAGAAAACAGGCUUCAGUUCUAUUCAUUGCAGUAACUUCUUAACUAGAUAUUAAGCCUUUGUUCUUCGCUUUGUUUUUUUUUUUUAACAGAUUACUUGAUGGCGGAGAAGAUACCCUUAGUCUUACAACAGAUCUUCUUGAUGGAAAAGCAUACCAGAGUCUCAUAGACUUUGACAACCAUCUUGAUGACAUAACACAGGAUUGGCUGAACAAAGACAUCAACAGACUAGUUGACCUAUCGCUUGCAACCUGAAUUUUAACCUGUCUGAAACAAUGACUUAGCUUUUUUAGGUAUUUAAUAAUAUAUAUACUGUAAUCCUGAUAUGUAGGAACCAUAAUCUUUUGCAUACAUUUGUCUGAAAAUAAAUUUUCACUGAAUUGUCGCUCACUCACUUGUACCAAAUCUAUAAAAUUUUAAUCUUGGCCUUAUUCUA